CUAAAAAACUAUGAAAUAUUUCUUUCACUCAUCAAUAGAUGACGCCACUACUGCAAAAUCUUAAACUUUCGAAGAGGAAAAAACAAUAACAACAUCGUUAAAUGAUAAAGCGAAAUAAGAAAAAUCAUGCGCUUUUUUUUUCCAGUUAUGAAUAAGUGAAAGUCAUGGAGAUCAAGUUCGAAGGUAAAAUCGCUUUAGUAACUGGAGCUGGAAAAGGCAUUGGAAAAAAUAUUGCUAUAAAACUUGCUGAAUGUGGCGCAGAAGUCAUAGCAAUCAGUAGAACACAGUCGGACUUGGACGAUUUGUCAUCACUUGGUUACAAUAUUCGACCUAUCUGUCUGGAUGUUGGAGAUUGGAAUAAAACUCAAGCUGUCUUAGAAGAGUUGGGCCCAGUGGAUUUGUUAGUGAACAAUGCAGGUAUUGCUGCUCCACAGUUAAUAGGUGAAAUAAAAGAAGAUUUUAUAAACAGCUUGUUUGCAGUUAAUUUUAAUGCUGUUGUAAACAUCAGUCAAGAAGUUAUCAACGGAAUGAAGAGGCGAGGGAAAGGAGGCGCAAUAGUGAAUAUAUCGAGUAUUUCAGGCUUAAAAGGUGUGCCAAAUCAUGGAAUUUAUGGUGCAACUAAAGCCGCCCUGGAUCAGCUAACCAGGAACAUGGCUGUAGAAUUCGGUCCUUUUGGAAUUCGAGUUAAUUCAGUUAACCCAUGCGUUGUACACACAAGAAUGACGGAAAAUUUCCUUAAUCCAGGUAACCCAGUGGCAACUUUAAUGAAAGAAAAGUUGCCCCUUGGAAGAUAUAAUGAAGUGGAAGAUAUUAGUUACCCAGUCCUAUUCCUGUUGAGUGACAAAGCAUCCAUGAUCAAUGGAGUAACAAUACCUAUUGAUGGAGGACUGUCAAUUACCAUUUGAUUUGCUGUCAGCUUGUACUAAACAUUGAAAGCCUUAUUUGUACUAAUAAUAAGGAUUUUUUUUUCACUUUACUCAGAUUUUUUUUCUGUUUGCAGCUAUCAUUAUUAAUAAUAAUAAAAUAUGGCAAAUAUAUAAUCCUUCUUAUUUCACAA